GACACCCAGAGAACACUCCAUACAUAACAUACAACCAGGAUAGGAAACAAACAAAAGACGCUGACGAUGGCGAACAAAGGACACUUCAUCGAGAGGAAUGGCACCAAGCGGGCUGCCGGGUUGCCCUCCUUCGGACCCGAAAAGCUGACAUCCAAGGAUUGCCUGAUCAUUGCGCAUCCGGCGGAUGAAAUACGCAGUCGUAUAGAAACAGAGUGCAGAAGGAACCGACCACUGCCGAUCGGAAAACUUCAGCCAUUUAUUCCAGAUGGCAGUAUCGGCGAUGUCCUCAGCAGUGAAAGUCAAAAGUCACGCUUCACCACCUUCAAGGAGAAGUUUCUCGAGGACAUGUACUGUAAGUCUGGGAAAGUAGCGCAAAUAGUGCCCACGCAUUCGAAACCGGACGACGUGACCAAUUGGAGCCGUACUUUUGGACUCGCUAACCCACCGGCAGACACUCUAUAUAGCACUAUAAUGCCUGAAAAGUCGGCCGAGCAGGUUAAUAGGGAAUACGGCGAGUUUCAUCGAGGCCACAUUGUCAGCAACAAUCACUACUUUCCCUCGGAGCAGGUCAAUCGCAGAUAUACAAAACCCUUUGAUCGGUCUGGAACCUUUGGAGUUUUGCUGGGAGCUGAGCACAGUGGUUCAACGAUGAAAAAGUGUUUGAAGCAAGGUGACGAGCACUUAACUGUGGUCUCCAAACCAUGGAUGGACUACGUCAAACGGACUAGAGGUCCCUUGGGAAAGAAAUACAAGAAAUACCUAGAUGAAGUGCCGGACAUGUACUUUGGCCAUAGCCGUCGAUCGGAUAAAUGUAGCAUCAAAAUGCUGCUGGAGGACAUCAGGCCAUGUGAGCAGGACGACACCUUGGUGAAUGCCUUGUCCUAUUUGAACAGGCUUCGCGAGAGCCUCCACAAGCGGAAUGACUUCUACAUGAUGGACCUGAUCGCGCUGCUGGAGAGGAGCGACAAGGAGCACACGGGUCACAUGUCCCUCGCCCAGAUCCUGGAGACCAUGCACAAGCUGCACAUCCGUGUGGAUGCGGCGAAGAUCCGCACCAUGCUAUCGCACUUCCAGCAGAUCCUAGAUGAGGGUUGUCCCACGGAACGGGUGAAUUACGAUCUCUUUUGCCGCCUGCUCUCCGUCCAGCAACCCCUACCAAAUGUGGGAUCCAUUGCGACCGUGCCGGAUAAUAUGUACAACAAGGAAACAACCUAUGGUAGUCUAUGUAAAGAUCGUAUGAAAAAUGCUCCUGAGGGGAUAGUUGCCAACCAGCCCAGCUGGAGUCCUCAUCACAGAGAUGAUGUCAACACACAUGUCAGGGAUAUCGUAGAGCCGGAACUGGCCACCAGGAUUGGCCUGAGACCCAGUGACAUGAGCUGCCCACGGAACAAGGAUCAAAUGCAGAGGAUAUUCGAGAAGGUACUCUCUGAAGACGAAUUUGAAGGCAUUUGGCAGUGUCUAAACAAGAAUCAGGAGAACAAAAAACCGGAUCAAGAAGAAAUGGCCUCAGUCGCACAGUUUCGUGCAGAGAUCCUUAAAAUUUCAGCCACCUAAAAUAUAUUACACUUUAUUUACAUAACAUUAUAAAA